AGGGUAUGCCAGAAGCAUGGGCUCGCUUGCUUAUGAAUUCAAACAUAAGCAAACAGGAACAAAAGAAAAAUCCACAAGCUGUGUUAGAUGUUCUCAAGUGGUAUGAUAAUACAACCAAGCAGAGAGCAAGUUCAAAAUACAUGACAAAUGCUAUAACAACGCAUUCUGGUUCUUCACUAUCGCACGUUAGCAGCAGCAGUCCUAGUAGCACACCAACUGAUUCAGAGUUACAUGGUUCCAACAGUGGAGGUAAUUUGAUUGGUGUCAACAUAAAUAAUCUUACUUUAGGCAAUAAUGCCAAUAAUAUACCAGCAACUGGUGGCAUUGGUAGCCCUCAUAUCGGUAAUAAUUAUGGAAAUCAUCAUCAUACCGCACUUAGUCAAUCACAUUCAUAUAAUUUUGUUGGUGGCAAUACAGCCUCCUCUUCAUCACAACAUUCGUCAGCCAAUGAAGAUGAUAUUUUAGGUACACCACAACCGCCACCACCGCCAGUUGCAUCACGACCAGAACGCACGAAAUCCAUUUAUACACGACCUAUAGAAGAGGUAACACCAACGAUACCGCCACCACCUGCUACAACACCUACAACACCACUGCAUCAACAAUUGCAGCAACAGCAUCUUAACAAUAUAGCGCAACCACAAUAUAAAGCUCCAACAAUAACAACAACCACAACUUUAGAUAAGAACAAAAAUAACGCAAAUAUAUACACGCACGACGGUAGCGCAAAUAAUUUAACAGCUUCUGCAGUCACACCUCCAACAGCAACAACUGCAAAUUCUACAACUCAAGCUACUCAGCCGAUUGCGACACCGCCUACUGCCGCAGCAGGAGUAGCCCAACAACGUUCGGGCACAGCGAAAAAGAAGAAAAUGUCCGACGAGGAAAUUCUUGAAAAAUUACGAACUAUUGUUUCUGUCGGUGAUCCAAAUCGUAAAUAUACAAAAAUGGAGAAAAUUGGUCAAGGAGCAUCUGGUACGGUAUAUACAGCAAUUGAAGCUUCUACGGGUAUGGAAGUAGCAAUUAAACAAAUGAACCUAUCACAACAACCGAAGAAAGAGCUUAUAAUUAAUGAAAUAUUAGUGAUGCGAGAAAAUAAGCAUCCAAAUGUUGUUAACUACCUCGACAGCUAUUUGGUGUCUGAAGAACUUUGGGUUGUUAUGGAGUAUUUACCAGGCGGUUCAUUAACAGAUGUUGUUACGGAAACCUGUAUGGAUGAAGGCCAAAUUGCAGCUGUAUGCCGUGAAGUAUUACAAGCAUUAGAAUUUCUACACUCCAAUCAAGUUAUUCAUCGCGACAUUAAAAGUGAUAAUAUUUUACUCGGUCUUGACGGAUCAGUAAAAUUGACUGAUUUCGGUUUCUGCGCGCAGAUCUCACCAGAGCAAUCAAAACGCACAACAAUGGUCGGCACACCAUACUGGAUGGCACCUGAAGUAGUGACACGCAAACAAUAUGGACCAAAGGUCGAUUUGUGGUCACUCGGUAUCAUGGCUAUUGAAAUGGUUGAAGGAGAGCCACCUUAUCUCAACGAAAAUCCACUUAAAGCAUUGUACCUUAUUGCCACAAAUGGCAAGCCUGAAAUUAAGGAAAAAGAAAAACUUUCCAUUGUAUUUCAAGAUUUUUUAAAUCAAUGCUUGGAAGUUGAUGUUGAACGUCGUUCCGGUGCUGCGGAGUUACUGAAGCAUCCUUUUCUUAAACUAGCACGUCCAUUAGCCAGUCUGACGCCGCUAAUUAUGGCCGCAAAAGAAGCCACUAAAGGAAACUGAUUAAAAACAUAAAAUAAGGAUAUAAAACUACUUAAAAGCUGAUAUGGAAGAUAAUAAACAACUUUAUACACAUAAUUAUAUAUAAAAACAUAU